AUGAUGAUGAUGGAUCCUGAUCUGAAGCAUAUGCAAGAUUAUCAAUGGUGUGUGGCGGCGAAUUUUCAUCUUCCGCCAACUUCAAGCUCACAUAUUCCACAACAAAGUCUACCCGAUGAUAUUUCAAACGGCCCAGAUAGUCCGGAUUCGACUGGAAAAGAUGGCAAGAAAAAUGAUGACAGGUAAGAGGAUUCUGAAACUUUUUUGAAAUUUUUGUGAUGAGUUGAUUUCUAGAAUCCAUAAAACCUGUUUCUUUCAGAGUCAAACGUCCGAUGAACGCAUUCAUGGUUUGGAGUCGUGGACAACGCAGAAAAAUGGCACAGGUUAGUUUUCAAAAAAUCUUACAAAAUAUUCCGAAUCAAAUCAAAUUUCCAGGAAAAUCCAAAAAUGCACAAUUCGGAAAUCAGUAAAAGGUUGGGCACGGAAUGGAAGUGUCUUAAUGAGCAAGAUAAGCGACCAUUUAUUGAUGAGGCUAAACGUCUUCGCGCCAUUCACAUGAAGGUAAGUUCUAACUUAUUUGGGGGCGACUCUAAAGAUAAUUGUGUUUUAGGAGCACCCAGAUUACAAAUACCGGCCACGCCGGAAGACCAAAUCGAUCAAUAAGAAAAAUGGAGCAGCUAUGCCGUUUGGAGCAAUUGACACUUUAAAACCACAGGUGAGUAUAAUCUGAAAAUAUAUAUGGAAAUUUAUUAAAGAAAUCCUAAAAAUCAGAUUUUCCAGUACCCUGCGAUUCCGACGAAUUGGAAUACGACGACGUAUUUCGACGCCGCCGCCAAUUACAAUUUUUAUGGAAGAAAUUACGAAAUGAUGAAUCAGAUGGGUUACCUAAAUGGCGCCACUGCACCAUUGGCCACUGACAACGCCUCACCAUCACAAUAUCAACAAAGUCCCCUAGGCACCAGCUACACCACCGCCAGCUAUCUGACACCAAAAUCCGAAUCAUCGCCGGUUGGAAGUGAUUCAACAUCGGCAGCCGCCAUUGAUCCAGCCGCACAAUUUCGACAAUUUUACGAUCCCUCUAAAGAUCAAAUGACCUCUAUGUAUCCAUAUAACCUGGAUUUGGGUCUUGCUCAAAGUUUGCCAGCCGCGCUUUCCCAAUCUCAUGUCACCUCGUGA